AUGUCGGUCAUCGUGACAUCCAUGCAUCCCUCCCCGUCUCAUUCGCGAACCCACCGCCCGCGAAGCACAAGCAAUAGCGACGGAAGUCGUCCCCCACCGCGCUAUUCCUCGCUCGCCGGGGCACUGCCACCCAGCGCCAUUGCGAACAACAACACCACCAACAGCCUACAAGAAUUAUUUAACCAACAUCCUGCCCUUACAUGCGAUACCAGCGACAUUGCUAUUACUGACAUGCGUCCGCCGCGGUACUCGAGCGUCUUUCAGAGGAACCGAAGGCAUCGUCAGGAUAACCGUGCUGAUGAGGCCUUCGGUUCAGACCUACAGACCCACGAGUACCACCUGAAAGGCGGUAGCCGUUCCCAACCGUGGGCGACGCUCAAGGUCCUCAGCAAGUCGUCAACGAAGAUGUCAAGCUCAGCGUCCGCGUUGAGCUCUGCAUCCGGCUCGGGAUCUAGCAGCUCUCAGAAGGUGGCCAAGUUCACUUCAGGCGACCUGGUCCAAGGGAGCCUGGAGCUUAACUUGGAGUCGCCGCAGAAUAUUAAUUCUAUCAACUUGUCGCUUCGUGGUCGCAUCAUCACUAGCUCAUACGAAGGCGGUUCAUAUACCUUCCUCGAGCAGUCCAUCAUCAACUGGACACGAUCCAACGGUGAUCCACGCUCUCCAUCGCCUGAACCUUCCUCUGGCCCAAGUCCCGUCGCCCGCUCUAACUCCAACUCAUCUGCCUUCCCAACCUCGAAUGUACGCACGAAGAAAUACGACGGCAAGCUUUCGGGUGACUACGCCUGGCCAUUCGCCUUCUCUUUCCCUUCGGAAGUCUCCAUGCCAGGCACAAGCUCUUCGACAUGCCCAGCACCACAGACGUUCGUGGAGAAGGGCAUCAACGGGACUGUCCAGUAUGAGCUCGUGCUGCGCAUGACACACGGGAUGCUGAGGAGCGACUCGAAGCUCCUUGUCAACAUCGUAUAUGUGCCCGACGUCACUCCUCCGCCUUCGUCUGUCCUUCGCCAGUUAGCGUACGGCGAGAACAUGGGCCUGCCUGGGCCUGAGGUUGACCCGAUCGGUUGGCAUACCCUGCCGCCUGCUCUCGUGCGGGGAAAGUUGUUCAACGAACGGAACGUCAAGCUGCAGUGCACACUGUCGAUUGCCAACCCACAAUCGUAUACUCGCGGCGCGAUCAUCCCGUGCCAUCUGACGCUCCAGUCCAACGACCGCACCGCCCUCGACGUGCUCGCCAACCCCAAGUGUCUCGCCGUCCGCCUCAUCCGGAGGGUACAAUACCCCGAGGAUGCUGCCCGUGCGUCCGCCAGCUCUCUGCGCGACUCGCAGGGACGCUUCGAGGACGUCUCCGUCGUGGAGAAAGCUGUGUGGUGGGUGCCCGGCGCGAACGGCGGUGCCCUCGAGGGUGAGGAGAACAUUACUGCCUCCUCGUCUGGUAUGGGCACGAUCAGGUCUCUGGAGGGUGAGAUUCACUUGGACAAGGACAUGCAGCCUAGCUGUGACUUCCCGUUGUUCAAAGUUGCUUACGAACUCGAGGUCCUCCCUCCCAGGUCGCCCGCGUUCAUGUGUAGCGCGACGACGCACACGACGACAACUACUCUCCACGGUGGCACGCUCGCUCCUGUCCUCAUCUCGACGCUAGUGACGAUCGCUACGCUGCAUAGCGAGGGUCCUGCGCCCGUUGCUGUGACAAAGCCCAAGCCUCGCAAGGAGCGCAGCGGGCGGUCGAGGGAUGAGCACACACCUGACGGCAGCUAUACUCCGAACUCGCAGAUGAUGAUGAUCAACUUCAACGUCUGA